CUGGUACGUCAGCGGCAGGAUGGCUGUUGCUGCUGCGGUGCCCGGAGCAGCAGCACGAGCAGCCUCCGGUGGCGGCUUCGCGGCCCCAGCGGUGGCAGUGGGGCGGGUGGCAGCGGCGUAAGAUGGCGGCGCUGCAGGAAGGGGGCAGGUAUGGCGUGUCCUGCGGCAGAGUCACCCAGGACAACAUCACGGUGCUGCAUGUCAAGCUGACCGAGACCGCCUUUCGAGCGCUGGAGAGCUACCAGGGGAGCAAGAAUCUGAUUCUUUCUCGGCCUUCUAUACAAUUUCAAGGACUCCAAGGGCUUGUCAAGAUUCCUAAAACUGAUCUCCCAAAUGAAGUGCAUACCUUUAAUUUCUAUUUGUCAAAUGUUGGCAAAGAUAAUCCUCAGGGAAGCUUUGACUGCGUCCAGCAAACUGUUUCAAGACACCAGACUACUUCACUUGAUGCACAGAGGGGGUUGAUAAGUACUGGAUCCUCACAGCUCAGUUGCCUGGGAUUUAUACAGGACAAAAUUACAGUAUGUGCAACAAAUGAUUCUUACCAAAUGACUAGAGAACGAAUGACCCAGGCAGAAGAGGAGUCACGCAAUCGAAGUACAAAGGUCAUAAAACCUGGUGGACCAUAUGUAGGUAAAAGAGUACAAAUUCGGAAAGCACCACAAAGUGUUCCAGAUGCAGUGCCUGAGAGGAAAAGAUCCACUCCCAUCAACCCUGCAAGUACAAUCCGCAAGACCCAUGUAAACAACAGUAUUUCUCAGCGGCCAUAUAGGGACAGAGUGGUUCAUUUAUUGGCACUGAAGACCUACAAGAAACCAGAGCUCCUUGCUCGCUUAUUAAAAGAUGGUGUUAGUCAAAAAGAUAGGAAUUCCCUUGCAUCUAUUCUUCAGCAGGUAGCCAAUUUGAAUCCAAAGGACAAUUCAUAUACACUGAAAGAAUAUGUUUAUAAGGAUGUCCAGAAAGACUGGCCUGGAUAUAAUGAAAUCGAUAGACAGUCGCUGGAAUUAAUACUUUCUCGAAAACUAAAUUCAUCUCAGAAUGCCAGCAGCGCCAGUCACUUGGAAUCUUCUCUGAGUACUAUUAAAGAUGCUGCAUCUGCUUCUCCUUCUCAGAAACGGCAUUUGGAUUCUGACUUUAUUGAUCCUUUAAUGAAUAAAAAACCCAGGAUAUCUCAUCUUACUAAUAGAGUUCAGCCGACGCUAAAUGGUCACUUGACUACUGGUGAAAAAACUGCUGAAACUUCUCAACCGCCACCUCCUCCCGCAGUUGCUGCAACACCGUCUGCGCCGCCACUUCCUCCAACUUGCCUUCCUGUUUCAAAUCCUCCUCAGACUGUACAUUCUAACUCCAAUUCCCCGAGUACUCCUGAGGGCCGGGGCACUCAAGAUCUGCCUGUUGACACUUUGAGUCAGAAUGGCAGCAUUUAUGAGGACCAGCAUCAGAAAUAUACUUCUAGGACUCCACUGGAAAUCCCAGCACCUGCUGACGAUCUGUCAGUAUGCCCAAAGCCUACAGAUGACAAACAUUCAGUGUUGCACAAAAAAUCCAAGAAGAAGUCAAAGAAGCAUAAGGAGAAGGACCAAAUCAAAGACCAUAACAUUGGGAAUGCCUCAGAGAAGGAGAGAGACUGUGAAAGCAGAGAAAUCACCAAGCUGAAGAACUCCAGUCAGAAAUUGAGUGAAGGUGUUAAAGAGACUUGCACUGCCUCCACAGAUCCUUUGUCAACAAGUGAACUACCGGACUACUUUGUGAAAUAUAUAGCAAUUGUCUCGUAUGAGCAACGGCAAAGUUAUAAGGAUGACUUCAAUGCGGAAUAUGAUGAAUACAGGAACUUGCAUGCGAGGAUGGAGAGCGUUACUAGGAGGUUUAUGAAACUAGAUGCACAGCGUAAACUGCUUUCUCCAGGAUCAAAAGAAUAUCAGAUCCUUCACGAGGAAGUCUUACAGGAAUAUCGAAAGAUCAAACAGUCUAGUCCUAACUACCAUGAAGAAAAGUACAGAUGUGAAUAUCUUCACAACAAGUUGGCUCACAUUAAAAGACUUAUAGGUGAAUUUGACCAACGGCAAACGGAGUCAUGGCACUAGGGCUCUGGACCAGAAGAUGUGAAUAAACUAAAGAUUAUUUAUUUAAAAUUCCAUACGACUUGCUCAAAGGUUUAAAAAUAACAGAAACUUCUCUAAUGCAGAUGUUUGAGCAUUAGCAGACCGAGUUGCUAUUUGUGUUGAUGGUGAGGAUGUUGCUUCCCUGCAUAGCUGAAACUGCUUUUUUUCCUGGUCCCCUUUUCCUUAACACUUACUUGUUUAUCCAUGGAAAUCAUUUUACCAUUGGGUACUGGGGAUCCAGUCUCUGUAGUUCUGAGGUUAUGCACAUCUUUUAAAAAAGAAAAAUUGUAGCAAAAGAAGAAGCUCUUGGAUGAAUACAAGCCUGUUUUCAGACGUUUUUCUUGUUAAAAACUAUUUGCCUUACAUGGUAGAAGUUUUAAAAAAAAAUUGCACAAAAUAAACAAAGUGAAACAUUGUUUUCGGAGGGUUAUGAGGUGGUAUAUAACUCCUAUAUACAUACCUAUAUAUCAGCAGUAACUUAUUUCUGUGAUUUCAACCCCCACUGCAAUGGUUGCCUUAUGGUGUUUGUUUGUGUAUCUGAAUUGUACUUAGUCCAUCUCUCCAUAAAUACACUGCUUCCCACAGCAAAAAUGGGGAGUAUUCUGUGGCCUAAUAUGUCCAAGAUAUGUGUGUGUGUGUGUGUGUGUGUGUGUGUGUGUGUGUGUGUAUAAAAAUGAAUGUGUGAGAGAGUGAGGCUGUGUUGCAUACACAGUUGGGGAGAAAUCUGCUAUAUAGGCCAAAUGUUCAGGUUAAAACAACUGACAAAGUGUUAACGCAGUUUUUUUCCUAUAAAACUGCUACAUCUGUUCUGGAAGACAAAUAUUUCCAUUUCAACCAUUUGUCAGCUUUCUUAUCAGAGAAAAAUUGAUACUUUACAAAAAUUAAUUCUAUAGUUUUGGGGCAAAAUUAUAAAAUUAAACAUGUAGGUGACCUAUUUAUAUACUGCUAUAAAAGUAUUUUUUGAAGAGAAAUAUGCAAUGAAGCUAUUGCCUACAUGAAAUGUAUAUUUAAAGAUUUUUUCCUGGUUGUCAGGAAUAUAACAAAGAUGUAUUUAACUAUAAAAUACUGUGAUCAUCAAACAGCACAAACUUUCAUUUCAUGCAGUUAAUUGGUUUAAUUUAAUUAAACCAUCACUUUAUCAUGUGGGAACAUAAGUUAUUUGGUCACAAAAUUGACUUAUACUUGUCUUUUCUUUUUGUCUUAAUAUAUUUUCUUUCAAAGUGCUGCCAAUUGAAAAGGGAAGCAUUAUGUUUACAAGUCUUUUUUUUUUGAAUGUUUGCCAAAAUUUUGGUAGUAUCUUUAAUAAACUUGUCUUCAGCAUCAA